CAGUCAAAGAUCCCUCAGGCCCGUAACCCGGUCAGUGUCAAGGUUGCUCCCAAGGACACUGAGAUGAGAACAGCAGAAGAGCCAACCCCAAACCUUGGACAGACCCUGGCGUGGCUGAGAAAGGAGCUGUCUGAGAUGCAGAUCCAAGACCAGAGGCUCCUGCUCACACUGAGGCAUCUUCACAGCAUCCUGGAGGAGCUGCGUGCCGACAGGGCCCACUGGGAGGAUGCCAGGUCCAGCGGAGGGACCUCCCCCAUCAGGGCUCGAGCAGGUUCUGAAGGCAGAGGCUGCCAGCAUGUUUCCUCAAGGGGGCUGGUCCAAGUCCUCCAAGGGGAAGACAGCAGGCGAAGCUCCCUCCCUUAACUGGCUGAAGGUGACACUGGCUCAAACCCU